AUGCCUAUCGUGUUCCAAACGCCAAUCUCAAUCGACACCGCCCACGCCUUCGCCGCUUUCUUCACGUUCUCUUAUGUUGGCUCUCUUUACGUAUCCAAGAACGCGCGCCUUUCGUUCAAGAAAAAGACGGUCCCUAAACUCAAGGAUGGCGAGCAACGUGCAAAAGAGCGUGACGAGCGCUGGCGGGACGACCCAGAGGUGAUUCGUGCAAGACUGGUGGCCGUCGGCACAAGCACUGUCUUGAGCUGUGGCGCCGUGUUCUUGCUCAUUUGGGAGAACGUCGGAUCAGGCCCUGGGACGUUCCGGAUCGCUCUGGAAUCCACGCUCGCCCGUCUUGGCUUAUUCCUCGACUUCUCGCAUAGGUCUCCAUACGCUAUUGUGUUACCCUGUCUUACCGCCCCAGCGCUCUUCCUAGGUCCGCUAUUCGCAGAGUACCUUGCUAGUGCACUGCCCUUCCAGAGACGGUGGUCUAUCCGUUUCAGUGUGCUGCCUAUUUUUGCCACGUGGCAGGGCUGGAGGAAUUACAUCGUCGGUCCUAUUACAGAAGAGGUCGUGUUCCGAGCAUGUACGCUUGCAGUCUACCACCUUGCGGGGGUUUCGCGCAACAAAAUGGUUUUCCUGAGCCCCCUGACGUUCGGAGCUGCCCAUUUACAUCAUGCAUGGGACACGUUCAACCGCUACGGCCGUACAGGUGCUGCUGCAAGGCGCGCUCUCGUUUCAAGUGUGUUCCAGCUGGCAUAUACAUGCAUGUUUGGCUUCCACUGCGCGUUCCUUUUCCUCCGCACCGGCUCUCUGAUCCCGCCGAUCGUGUCGCACAUUUUCUGCAACAUCAUGGGCAUUCCUCAAUACGGUUUGCAUAUCACGCACUUCCCGCGCAGGCGCACCGCUAUCAAAUUUGCGUAUAUCCUUGGGAUCGCUGGCUACGUGUACGCCAUGUGCAACUGGACGCUGGCUGACGACAGUCUCUACUGGCCGCCUCUACCACGGCUCUUUCCUCGCUACUAA